AUGCGCGGUCUGAGUUGGCUUCCCGCCACCUCCGUCCUAGGAGUAGGCCUCAGCCCCGUGUCCCCCGCGGACACCUUCUACCCGCCAACUUUGAACAGCACAGCAUACAUUAGCAAUAGCUCAAUUGGCACAUAUGGUGGCACCUACGAAGCUGCAAGAAAUGGUCCUGCCGGAGGUACCCCCUACGGCAUCUAUAGCUACUGCUCUAUGCCGCAUCCUCGUUCCCCAGAAUACGAGCUGCCGGAAGCUCUGACCAACGGGUCAGCUGACGCAAAGCUUGUUUACCUCGAGUAUCUACAGCGCCACGAGCGACGCUCUCCAUACAAUAUCCUCCCCGGCGGCGAGAACCAAGCUUACCAUUGCGACGAUGUCCGCCCGUAUCUCUACGCGGGCCCCAACAGUGCAAACGGCAUCCAGCCCAUGCCAAUGUAUGCACAGACAUACCAGGAUACCUCCAACCCUUUCUCGCCAGGAGUGAACGACGGGUAUCAACACGGGAAGGAUCUCUGGCGCGUCUACGGAGACAAGCUUGGCCUGAUUCCUGCGACGCCUAACAAGCGCGUUUGGUUCCGCUCCAGCAAUUCCCCGCUCACUCAAGCGUCGGCUGGCGCCGUCCUGCGCGGCAUGUGGCCCGACUACGAGGGAGCUCUUCCACUGCACCAGAUGGUGUCCUCUGUCGAUACCGUUGACAGUGGAUACCCCUGCUCUGCUGUUGAUUCUACCCUACUCAGCUUGAAGUCUACCACGCAGUGGAAAGAGCAUCUGAAUGUCACUGAGGGGUUGCGCUCGAAAUUGAGCGCCAUUCUGGGCGCAAAUGCAACUUCAUGGCAGAGUACCUUUGACCAUUUCUCUGAUAAUUUCCAGGCUCGCCUUUGCAAUGGCUACAAGCUACCGUGCAGUAUAUCUAAUUCCUCAGCCUGUGUCACUAUGCAGAUGGCCGAGGAGGUCUUCCGUGCUGGUGAUUGGGAGUGGAACUACUACUGGCGUACAAAUCCGGAUGUGGUCAAGUAUAUCCAGGUAGUUGAGGGCUUGUUCAUUGGUGAGAUCAUUUCCCGUCUGCAGGCUGUCCAAGAUGGAAGUCCCUCUGUCGACUACAGUCAUAUAUUCAUCCACGAUGGAGACAUUGGCCCUAUUCUUGGUUCUCUGGGGAUUGAGGCGCUGCGCUGGCCGGGUAUGGCGGCCAACAUUGCUUUUGAAGUUUGGGAGAUGAAAGCGGAGCAACAUGAUGGCUCUUUGUUCGCUCGGGUGUUGUACAGCGGUCAUCCUGUACGAAGCAUCCAUGGUCCCCUUGACUGGAUCCCUCUCUCGAAACUGAUUGAUAUCAUGAGCCCCUAUGUCCCUGGCGAUAUCAUUUCUCUCUGCGGGUAG